AUGUCGUCUACUGCAACAACUCCAAGCGUCGAGGAGCUCCGUGAGCUCGAUGUUCGUGCUCAGGCUUUCAUCCCCGAGGCCGCUGAGCACACACCUCACACCUUCCUGUCUCUGGCGCCUCUCACAUCAAACUCCUACCCCAAGGCGCCUCAGCCGACCAAGCGACGCACCUCCUCUCAGAGCAGCAACGGAGGUGCAGCACGGAUGCGCGUCCUGAAGCUCGCUCCCGUUCACUACGGCGAGCACGCUGGUGAUCACAAGGGCGACUGGCACGAGGUUGCCAUCGAGUAG